UCGUAAGGGUGGGUCUGUGGAAGGGGAAGGUGGGGUUCUCUUGUGAAUGAAAGUGUUCACUGACCAUUAACUCCUACAGUGUCACAAAGAAAGGUGGUUCUGACCCAUCACUCAGAGGCCACAGAAUGGUUAUGUUUUACUAUUGCCAGCUUCACUUUGGCUAAUGAUUAUAUGGUUUUAACUAAAACUGACACCCUGUUCUUUUGGCUCUGACACUCAAAGAUACAAUGACAGUGCUGGGCAUUAUACUUUAUAUCAACACAUGUUCAUCAUUCUGUAUUGGGAAUAUAAGAUUUGCAACUAAACAUUGUAACAGUCAUUUUCCCAAAGUAAAACAAACUGAGAUUUCCCAGUAAUUCCCCAGAAAAUAAUAGUAAUAAUAAUAAUAAUAAUAAUAAUAAUAAUUGCAAGAUGUCUGUGGAUGGGAUCCCAGAACUUACUGGGCUUGUUGCUGUGCCCUGUCACAAGCAAACCCUCCCAGUAAGCUACACUUCCUUCCAUGCAGCAUGGCACACCUUCUUUUUGAACUGUUUCAGGAUUUAUCACCCCUUUGUUACCAAGAAGCUUACUGGUUUCAUCUCCACACCCAGCAAGGAUGUGAUUACAUUGCAUUUAUGUGAUCCAUAUUCUUUAAAGUGGGUAACGAUUUUCUCCAGGCUGCUGUUGUCUUAAUUCCUUGGGAAUUUAGAGGAAACUUUAGCAGAGCUCAGUAGCUUCUUAUGAACAAUUAAGCUUACUUUACCAGAGCAUGCUUGUGAUUGUUUCAGCUCAGCCUUCUAGUUCAGGAACUCACUGGCUCCUCAGGACAUUCCUUGUGACUCCCAGGAAACCCUGCUACAAAGGCAGCUGCAUGGCUGAAGGGAAGGCGUGUCAUAUUAAUUGGGGUGCAUACAGAUGGUGUUCAAAGGGGGAUUUAUGUUAAUGUUUCUCUAUUCAUUGUGUAGAGUACAGAUCUCAUGCUGCAGUUAGGGGAGGAUGAGAAAGGAAUGAUUUCCUUACUCUAAGGUAACUAACAACUCUGGUCCCCAAGUAUGAUCAUUCUAGGGUAACUGCUCAGGUUUCCUGUGUAUGGUUAUUCUUGGAUAACUACUCAGUAUACCCCAAGCAUGGUUAUUCUAGGGUAACUAACUACUCAGUGCAUCCCGAGUAUGGUUAUUCUAGGGUAACUACUCAGUGUACCCUGAGUAUGGUUUAAAUGUGUGCUUUUCAUCUCUGUGGCCCUGCUCUUUAUAGAGCCUUCUUAAGGCCUGACCCUUGAUGAGAGACAAAUUACAACUUCAAGGUUUUGCCUUGUAGCAUUCUAAGUCAGUUUUAAUCAGUGAUUUGUGUUUUUAAGUGCACUUAAUGGUGGUGGUUACUUAGAAAGGAGGAAUGAAUUCUUUGUUCUGAAGUCAUUCUAAAGCAAGGACACCUGUACUUGUGAAGUCCCAGAAGGCCAUAGACUACUCUGAGCUCAUCUUAAUCAUGAGGGAAGGUGGUGCAAGAGGCAUUAAUUGUCCUAAAAUGGUAACAUUUCUUCAAUUAAUGUUAGAAAUUAUUCUGUCCCUGCUACUCUUAAGCUUUGUAUAGUCAUGUCCCAUCAUCCUUAAACAAACACUAGGAGAUACGGUGACUUUUUGUAGUGGACACCAUGAGACAUAGAAGGUUAAGUAAUUCAUCCCAGGUCGUCUUGUUAGGAACUGCUAAGGCAGCGACUCCUAAUCUAUGUGCCCUGAUUCUCAGUCCUGAGACUGUAGGAAGUAAGGGACUCCAGGAAAGCCUCUAAUCGAGCCUGCCAGCUGACAGUAAUGGAUUCAGUCACACACGAGGCAUGUGGUGAUCCAGACAGUAUCUCUUGCUGAGAUGACACAAAGGCAAGAGAUGCUUCGGUCAUGGCCAGUGGGGAGCAUGAUGGGAGGCCAUAAUGCUAACUGGAAGGGACUGUCCUGGCACAGGGGAGUAAGUUUUAUUUUGUUGUUCCCCUGUAAACUCUGAAAAAUGCCCAUGUUUUGAAUAUUAUCAAUGAUGAAUCUACUCUGUCAAAAUGCUAUCCCAUUGUUUCUUCCUAACACAGGAAUUUCAGAAACAGCUUGCAAAAGCCAAGAGAGUAAUGAUUGUCGGGAAUGGUGGCAUUGCACUUGAGCUGGUGAAACUGUAACAUUCCUCCUAGGUAUGAAAUUGAAGGCUGUGAAGUGAUUUGGGCCAUAAAGGAUAAAGCCAUUGGGAAUACUUUCUUUGACGCAGGCGCGGCAGAGUUUUUGACUUCCAAGCUCAUGUCUGAAAAAUCAGAGGCUAAAAUUGCACAUAGAAGAACCAUAUAUACAGUUGAAGGAGCAAAAAGGGAAAACAGAACCAAAGCUAAAGCUGAUAAUGUGGGCAGUGCCCUCGGACCAGACUGGCACGGAGGCUUGGAUCUGAAAGGAACAGAAGAGUUUUCACACAAUAUUCACAUCGAAACCAGAUGUGAAGUAAAGAAAAUCUACCUUCAAGAGGAGUUUAGGAUUAUGGAGAAAAAGCCGUUGGCUUUUCCAAAGGAUCAACAUAAGUCAGUUACAGUCGAUAAAGAAAUGUGGCCUGUGUAUGUGGAACUAACCAAUGGGAAAAUAUACGGCUGUGAUUUCCUUGUUAGUGCUACGGGCGUCACACCAAAUGUAUACCCUUUUCUCCUCGGAAACAAUUUUGAUCUAGGAGAAGAUGGCGGCUUGAAAGUGGAUGACCAGAUGCGCACAUCACUUCCUGAUAUCUAUGCUGCUGGAGACAUCUGCACUGCAUGCUGGCAGCCAAGCCCAGUCUGGCAGCAGAUGAGACUAUGGACCCAAGCACGGCAGAUGGGAUGGUAUGCAGCCAAGUGCAUGGCUGCAGCUAGUUUGGGACACUCUAUCGACAUGGAUUUCAGCUUUGAACUGUUUGCUCAUGUCACAAAAUUUUUUAACUAUAAGGUUGUGUUGCUGGGAAAAUACAAUGCACAAGGCCUAGGCUCAGAUCACGAAUUAAUGCUGAGGUGCACCAGAGGACAAGAGUAUGUCAAAGUCGUCAUGCAGAAUGGACGCAUGAUGGGAGCUGUCUUAAUUGGUGAAACUGACUUAGAGGAAACAUUUGAAAAUUUAAUUUUAAACCAGAUGGACCUUUCAUCAUACGGAGAAGAUCUCCUAGAUCCCAAUAUUGAUAUAGAGGAUUAUUUUGAUUGACAUUAGAAUUUCUUCAGAAAUACUAAGUUCAAAAUAAGGAGAAAAGAAAGAAUUGGGGAAACUAACAACUACACCAGGUGAAAUGACCACACAAGUUGAGAAUGCAUGGUUGGGAAGGAUUCAAGAAAACUCUUAAGAUGAACUCAGUUUAAUGACUAAUUAGCAAAUGAACAUUCCUAAUACAGAGUUGAAAUAAACCUUGACUCACACAGAUA